UGGGAGACACUUACGACUUUGGAAUUCCGUUGUUGCGCCAUCAUUUCGGUAAUCCCACAGAUUGACCUGUUCCUACGUCGAACCCACCUCCCGCCUUUCGCACUUUUCGGUUUCCCGUGGAUUGGCCACGCGACCAUUGUCUUCAAGACUCCAGACCUUACCCAUCCGUUACGAUCGUCUGCCAGGUGAUAUUUCGCGAUGUCGUCCGCCGCAAUGUCGAAAAAGAACAAGGGGAAGAAGGUUGCGGACCCGAAUGAGACGUCCAAGCUCUUAGCCGCCAAGAUCUCCCAACUGGAGCAGGAUGCUGCCGGAGAAAAGGAUCAAGAAGCGGAAAUUGAGCGUGAGGUCAAGAAAGCUACGAGGGACCUGAACCAACUCCUCAGCAAUAUCGAAUCCCCGAUGACCCGGCUCGAGACCGUCCAUAAGAAAUACACCGAACUUCUUGCGGAUAUGAAGAAGCUGGAUCGCGACUAUGCCAAAAGCAAAAAGCGGGCUGAUCAACUGCAGAAGGAUCAAGACAAGGGCAAAACAGAAUUAAACAAGACAGUCACAAUGAAGGACAAGCUUGAAAAGUUAUGCAGGGAGCUUACAAAGGAAAACAAAAAGGUCAAGGACGAAAAUAAAAAGCUGGAAGAAACAGAGAAGAAGGCACGGUUAAUCGUCAACGAGCGCCUUGAUUCCCUUUUGUACGAUAUUCAAGACGUCAUGGCAGCCAAAGGCAACCCGCGCAGCGAGAAGGUGGAUAUUGAUUUAGAUGAAGCUUUACGUGCUAAGAUCAAAACCAUUGGCGAAAAGUUCGAAAUGCGCGAGUUGCAUUACAAGGCCUUGCUACGCAGCAAAGAUGCGGAGAUACAGUGUCUCACUGCCAAGUACGAGGAACAGCGCCGUGCCGCCGAAAAUGAAGCCGCUCGCUGCCGCGCCCUUAGCUCGCAAGUAUCUACGUUUUCUCAUACAGAAGCUGAAUUGCGCAGUCAGCUCAACAUCUAUGUGGAAAAGUUCAAACAGGAUACGCUUAACAAUAGCAACGAACUCUUUCUCACUUUCCGCAAAGAAAUGGAGGAGAUGUCCAAGAAAACAAAGCGCCUCGAAAAGGAAAACCUUACCCUCACCCGCAAGCACGAUCAGACGAACCGCAACAUUCUCGAGAUGGCCGAAGAGCGCACACGGAAUCACGAAGAGCUGGAAAAGUGGCGAAAGAAGAGCCAUCAUCUCGAAGCACUUUGCCGUCGUAUGCAAGCCCAGGGUCGGGGUCAAGGCCUUCCUGCGGAAUUAGACGGAGAUGAUGAAGGGACAGAGAGCGAGUACGACGAGGACUAUGAAGACGAGGAAGAUGACGAAGGAAUUAGUGACGAUGAAUACGAAUUGGAAAGCCCAGACCGUGAGAUCAACGGAGGCCGAGGUGUUGAACAACAACCCGAAAAGCCAGUGUUUGGACCACCGCCACCACCCAACCUGCUUGAAGCACGGGCCAAUGGAAACAAGGCCAUGAUUAAUGGAUGCCAUUAAUGCUUCUUGUAGGUCGGAUGUUACAUGCGUGUGUUUUUGACUCUCCUGUCUGAUCGAGUAUUGUUCUGCAAAUGUUCUUUUUUAUGCCUUGGUAUGCCGGAAAAAUGAGAGAAAAGAAAAAGAAACAAAAACAUGAGUCAGAGAGGGAAAUGUACAAACAAAGUGUUCAAGUCCAGUGCCAUUGGGCUAUUUUUUGGGAGAAGUGCAUACUGUAUCUGUACGCAAAUCUCGUAGCGCCAGGGCUUCUUGGAUGGAUUACCAGGACAC